GUUUAACCCACAGCGCCACCCGCGUCCCUUUAGAGUGGUAUAGUAAUGCUUUAAAUGUUGUUGUUGUUUGUAUGCCACCCAUCUCUCUGGCUUGUCCCAACCCAUUCUAGGUGGCUCCCAACAGAGUAUGACAAUUGCAAUCAAACAAUAAAAACUUCCCGAAACAGGCCUGCCUUCAGAUGUCUUGCUCGGGGGUUGCAUAAAUAUGUGAUUGAGAUCAAAACUGAUAGAUAGGUCCACUCAUCUCUAGAGAGGACACACUUUUUAAACACACACACACACACACACAGAGAGAGAGAGAGAGAGAGAGAGAGGAGGAGGAGGAGAAACCAUUCAAUCAAUCUCUCUUCCCAGGGAAUGAAAGUCACGUUAAGAUCAGACUUUUGUGAUAUGGAAAGUGACGGGGAACUGAGAAGGGUGGGAUAAUUCUAGCUUUGUUGCAGCAUCAUUAUAUUUCAAUUUACCAGUCGCUUUUUUCUUGCCACGGCAACUCACAGUGACUUCCAAAAAAAGAAAGCAAAACCCCCACAUACAUACAUUAAAACUGAGACGAUAAUAACGCAACAGCAUCGCAACUUCCCCGCAACCAAAUUGGAAAGAAUGCUAAUUAAUUACCCAACGUCACCUCAUCUCCCUGCAAAGAAGAAGAGUCAAUAAGCAGUUUGUCUGGAAUAUGCAUAUAUAUAAGUCACCAUGAGGGUCUUUUGCCUUUUUUAAACAAAUAUUUCCAGAUUCUCAGAGAAUCUGGCUUUAAGACCCAGGAGAAACUUUUACACAUGAACUGAAAGGAGGGGAAUAACUUUUUUUGGAAGGGGGUGGUGGUGGUGCUAAAUGUCCAGCCAAUCCCCUUGUGUGCAUUGGGAACAACACCCGUUCGAUGUUGUUUCUUGUAUAAAAGGCCACCACCAGUUCGAAGCCCAGUUGAGCGGUGACAGCUUUUGCUGCCAGCCGUCCAUGAAAGGGGCGAAAGCCAAAGAGCCUUCUCUUCAAGCAGCAAAAAUCUCUCCAGCGACCCAGAUGCCAAUGCUCAGUCACUGAGGACCGCUUGCCAGCGCCGCCGGUCUCUUAAAUAAGAGGCGUCUUUCCUUCCUCUCGCACGCCGUCAGCCGGGUAGAUGAGAAGUUCGAGGCUUCCACCCAGUCGCUUCUGUCGUGGGACAUCAUGCUGUUUUAAUCCUUUGCCUGGGGAGCCUAUUCCCUCCGUGGAGGGCCUGGCUUUGGAGCGGGAGCGAGUGCGAAAGAGAGAGAAACCGGGUGAAACGCCUGGAGAGCUGUUGAAGGCCGUCCGGUCUGACUUGUGGUGACGAAAGGUCGUCCACACUCGGCGAUUCCUAGCAGCUGGUUUCGUAGGGCAGGCAAGCCAUGAGGGAACCGGGAACCGGUGUGGGGUACCAGCUAGUCUUCUGCAUGUGGCUUCUGGUGCACGGCCUCACCGAGGGUGGAUGUGGCGACCGAGAGGCCCACAAAUGCUGCCCGGGCCGGAAUAACGAUUGCUCCGAUUUUUCUCUGAGGAAAACACCGUGUUACUGUGACACCUACUGCGAGAAAACUGGGGAUUGCUGCGAAGAUUAUCACUCCGCCUGCCAGAUCUCGGCAGCUGUUGACUGUGUGGUCGGCCCUUGGGGUCCCUGGAGCGAAUGCAAUGCUCUUUGCGGUACGGGCAGCAAAGACCGGACUCGCCAGGUCACCGUGCCGCCUCGGAACGGAGGAACCCCCUGCCCAGACCUGAAGCAGAGACGGGGGUGCCUUGGGGAGAACUCGGCCUGCGAUGCAGCCAAAGAGGUGGCUAAGAUCCUGCCCGAUUCUUUUAAAAGGGAUUUUAAGGACCCCUGGAGAAGACCUCACAUGUUAACGAGGGAGAAGCUGCCAAGUUACUGCAUCUACUUCCGCCUGACGCAGGUGAGCCCUGCCUGCCGCCUGCACUUCUGGAGCAGGCCGCUGGCGAGAGAGCGUCGUGUCUGCAUCGAAUGCCAAGGGAAUGCCGUGGGCAGCAAGAAGCGGUGCCAAGGGGACGGUCUGCAGGGAGCCAGAACAUUCUGGACUGCGGCGUCCAUUGCUGGCUGCCAAGGAUCUUGGGUACAGGAGUCUCUACAGGAGAAAUGUGUGUGCCCUCAACUCUCCUUUAUCUUCAUAUGACGUUGUGUCGAGCUGAGUGGCAAUCUUAAGAAAGAGAGGAAAGACCAAACAUCAGCCGCAACUGUUUUGGGGUGUUUUCUUUUGGUAAAGAAGAGAGCUGAAGGAGUCAAUGGCAACCCUCAAGCUACAUUUUGCCAAUCAUUAUGCACUCAUUGUUUCCACUUGUUUUAUACUGGACACCUGACCGUGUAUUGUUUCCAAGCACAAGAACGUCUGAUUCAAUCUCCCUUUGUUAAAAAAAAGGAAAAAAGAACUGCAUAUACAUAUAUACAUUAAAUACCUCUGAAAAAGG